UCCACUGCUGUGUCGUUUAGCACUGGAGCGGCGGAAGGGGCCGAGGGAUUCUGUUAUUAUCGGUAACAGAUAUCCGAGUCCACCUGUGUAUUAGUGCGGACUGGACGACACGAUAUUGAGGCGGAGAGCCCCUGCUAAGGCGCCGAGAUGUUGAAUAUGUGGAAAGUCAGGGAGCUGGUGGAUAAAGCCACGAAUGUUGUGAUGAACUACUCAGAGAUAGAGUCCAAGGUUCGAGAAGCCACCAAUGAUGACCCCUGGGGCCCAUCGGGCCAGCUUAUGGGAGAGAUUGCCAAAUCCACAUUUAUGUACGAGCAGUUCCCGGAAGUUAUGAACAUGCUUUGGACUAGAAUGCUUAAAGACAACAAGAAGAACUGGAGGAGAGUUUACAAGGCCUUAUUACUAUUAGCGUACCUCAUCAGAAACGGGUCAGAGCGGGUGGUCACCAGCACCAGAGAACAUAUCUACGACCUGCGCUCUUUGGAAAAUUAUCAUUUUGUAGAUGAAAAUGGGAAGGACCAGGGCAUUAACGUACGGCAGAAGGUGAAAGAAAUGGUAGAGUUUGUCCAAGAUGAUGACCGGUUGCGUGAAGAGAGGAAGAAAGCCAAGAAGAAUAAAGACAAAUACAUUGGAGUAUCUUCUGACAGCAUGGGAGGCUUCAAACAAAGUAACUCGGGAGAACAGGUGGACCCCGAAUCUAAAAGCAAAUGGGAGGAGGACUGGGAAAAAAACAAGAGCAGCUUCCCAUUCAGUGAAAAACUUGGGGAGAUAAGUGACAAAAUUGGAAGCACCAUUGAUGACACCAUCAACAAAUUCCGCAAGAAGGAGAGGGAUGACUCACCAGACCAUAUCAGUGACAAUGAGGAUGAGAGAGUUUCACAGAAUGGUCGUCCUGCAAAGUCAGAGUUUAAGGAUGAUGACGAGACUGUAACAACCAAGAGCAUCCAGAUCACACAGACCACAGAUACGAUCACCUCCACCACCACUACCACCACCUCUACACGCAAACGCGGCGGAGUCCCAUCCAAAACUGUUGACCUGGGCGCAGCUGCUCAUUACACUGGUGACAAAAGCAGUCCAAAUGCUGACCACAACAAGACAUCAGUGAGUCAGUUAUCCAGCACGGGGCUUGCAGAUCUGUUGAUGGUGGAAUCUGGUUCUGGUCAACCAGUGUCUUCAGGUGGAAGCUCAGAUCUCAUUGGUGACUUUGCUGACUUUUCCUCACCCGCUGCCUCUGGCGGUCUCCCAUCAGCUUCUGGUUCGCUGUCUACUGGUAAUGGUGAGUUUGGUGACUGGAACACCUUCUCCUCCACCAGUCCUCCUGCUGUCACUGCUCCGUCUGCCAUCCCAGACCUGUUCAGUGACGUACCCGCUCCAGCCGCUCCAGCCGCCCCAGUGCCCACAUCCACCCAACCACCUUCCGCUGACCUCUUUGAUUUGAUGGCCCCCAACAACAGCAGCCUCAGCGCAUCUCAAAGCCUGACCUUCAACAUGUGCCCACAGAAUGCAACCAUACCUCUGUCCAGAUCACAGACAAUAGGGGGUCCGUUGUUUCCCCAGCAGAUGGGAUUACAGAAGUCAGGCGGGAACGUAUCAAUGCCUGCCACCUGGUCAGACCCAAGCGUGAACAUCAGCCUGGAUUUCCUGUCGGCAGGCCUGAACCCUCCCAAACCCUCACAGCCCACACUCAACACCAUGAUGCAGCAAGGUGUCCAGCCACCGUUGAACAUGGUCAUCCAGAAUUUCGCCGGAAUCACACUGAAUGCCCAGCCCUCGGCGGCCGCUCCCAGACCAGGAGUACACCCCAUGUUGGCAGGGGGCACCAUGGGAAUGCCUCCUACUAUGGCGACGGGCACCAUGGGAUUGGGCUCUGUGGGUACCGGAGGAUUGCCUGUCAAUCAAGGACUCGUGGGCAUGAACAUGAUGCCUGCUGGAAUAGGCCUGCAAGGUGCCCUCGGCAUGCCCAGCAUGGGGAUUGGCCAGGGCAUGAACCCCGCCAUGGUGCAACCUAAACAAGAUGCCUUCGCAAACUUCGGCAACUUUGGGAAAUGAAGGGUGAUCCACUCCAAGAGAGUUAAUGGUCCAAAUACACCUUCUCAAAGAAGGAGCUGCAUCCAGUAAAAUGGACAAAACUGACAAACCUAGCUCUUCAAUCAUUUGUCCUUAUUCAUUAACAAAUACAUACACACAAGAAUGUUUUUCUUUCAUGUGGGGUUGAUAAUCGAAGCCUGGCUUUUUUCUUUUUUUUUUUUGUAAAUGAUGCGAAGCAUUAACUUUUGAAGGAAAAAAAGAUGACGUGUGCUGUUUGGUACAUUUUUCCAUUGUCUGUUUCAUAACUGACCUUUUUCCACCACGGCCCUGUUCACUUUUCAAAUACGACUGAUUUCAAAAAUUACCUCAUAAUUUGCAUUUUUCAUGCUGUGAUUUAAAGGCCGCAGGGGGUUGAUAUGUAAAUAUCUUGGUGUGCAAAAAUAAAUUAUUUUACUCGCUUCUCAGAUGGUAUAAGAUGGAACGAUGUACCACAGGUCCUUAAUAUUUGCUCAUGUUUUGUUUUUUUGGUUUAACGUUACAGAUACACAGUCACUCCCUAUAUUCCGUUUGCACUCCAGCACCUGUUUCUGUAGAUAAAUAGGGUCAACUUUUGUUUUAACAGGCUAUAUCUGUAGAUAUAGUUUGAGUACUUUUGUGUAGCGAGCUGCCUGACCGUAAUUUGAAGUGUGCCUGCCUGUGAAAAGGCCACGUUUUUAAUAACACACGUGUGUGUGAAGGUUAUUAACCGUACUUGAUGAAUCCAAAACUGUUUAGAGGGGAUGUUACAUGAAAAGAGAAAUCCAUUACAUUCGACAGAUGUUCAUCUAAUGUAAAGAUUUCUGGGGGCCUAUUUCCCCAAAUUUGUCAUCUGAAGCUGCACAGAUCAGUGCUUGGGCGGUAGCAGGAGUAGUGUUACACUUUUCUAGUUACUACUUGAAUUGGGAUUUAUAAUGCCUCAUAACAGCAGUCAUAUCCGUUAUAUCCUUGCAUGUGUGUCGGUUUUAUAGUUUCAAGCAUUGUUGCUGGUCAGUGUUAACUUUAUGAAAUGUCUGUCAUAGGAUUAUAUGAUGGAUAUGAAAUUGAUGAAGGCAUUGUGAACCCCAAAUGAAGUUUACCGGUUGUUUUUUUUAUUUUACAUUUGGUUUUGUCCAUUUUCUCAUUUGCUGCUUAACACUGGGCCCUCCAUCAGGCACUGAGGCAUUAUCUUCAAAAUGACCAAAUCUUUAUUUUACUACUAUUUAGAUUUAUUCCAUAGUGGUUUAGUUUCUUAUUUUAAUACUUAACAUUAUACAGAGAGACCCUGUGCAUAUAUACAUUGUCCUAGACAUGGGUGAAUCAAGUAAACACUUCUUAGUUUUUAUGCAAAUGUAAAGCGAAACAUGAAAUCGAGCACCUCUUUCAUUAUGGUUUCUUUUCAGAUUUCCGUUUUUGAUUUUACUGUACUGAGAAACUUUGUUUAACAUUAAACGAUUUCAUCAAAA